GGACCCGCAAAGAGCUCUUCUCUCCAGGUCUCCCGUGGUCUCGUGUUCGUUCGCGGUUAUAUGUCUUUGUGUGCUGUCUGUAUGUAUGUGCGCUCGACCUUUGAUUCUCCUCGUCCUGUUUCUGCUGCUGGUUGUUGGUGUUUUUUGGUGGUUUGUGGUGGUGCCACGAGGCGUGUGAAAAAUUGUGGGUGGUGUUUUGGUUCGGCCUGGUUUCUGGCACGUGUGAAGGCCCAAUAGAAAGGAGUCAUAAAUCCGGUUUUAUCACCUUACCGGAGCGUGUUUCCCCUGGAGUUCCUCUCCGAGCUUAGAUCUCCCGCGGUGCGCUCAAGUGGGGGAUGUGUUUCAACGCAGAAGGGUGUCUCAAUAUCAAUAAAAUAUUUUGCAUAUUACAUAAAUCUCGCAUUUCGGGCUGCUGCUGAUAAUCUGGUUCACGGUUCGUCGUGUCUGGGGUUUGUUUGGUUCGCGGUUUUUGGUAGUGUGUGCUUGCUCCUUCCGUCGCGCGACUCGUGGAAAAUUAAUUAUCCUUUCUCCCGGCGGUAUAUCCGAUCGUUUAGCCUCGGGGCCAGACCAAAGUGUCACGUGGCAGCACCACGGUUGUGACCUACAACAACAGUCCUUUCAGUCGGGGAGGUGGACAACAACAAAGAAGAGAGCAAAACCAGCUGGAAAGGUCAACGAGGAAUAACCAAACACAUGUCACACUCUGAGCUGGGACGUUUGCAGCAGUGAGUGGAUGACCGGAAACCGGGACAAGGAAAAAUAAACGUAUCCUAACGGAUUCAAUCAAUUAUCGGACUGUGUGGCGGUUCGGCUAACAGGCUGGUCCUUUCCCAUGUACCGUGGUCUCUGGCCUGGGACAGGAUCCUAGAAAGAAGAAAAAACCCGUGUCAAAGUAAAGUUCGUGGGAAAAAAGCAAGGAAAAUAUACAAAAAAAAGCCCCGCCGGCAGGCAGGCAGGUGCUUCGACCAAGAAAACAGAUAUCCGGCCGAGAUCCGUUCGAGCGUGCAAAGUGCCCUGAAAAUCCUGGAACGAAUCGGGUGAAAAGUGGGAUUCGGUUUCACCGAGCCAUCGCCUAGCCCCAACUAGUAGUGACUGCCCGAAAAAGCAAUCUCCUCUCAGAAGUGGUCCAACCAGGCUUUCCAGAGCGUUCAAAGAGUUGGCGAUUUGUCCUCGGUGUUCUGUCUGAGAGGGCCGGCGGCAGCUCCCAGCAUUGGUGCAGGAUCAACGGAUUAAGAUUACUACUACGGGUCGCGCUUCUUUCUUCCCUUUUUUUGUGAAGCUGUUGUCGGAGAAAAAUCGUCAAGACGUGGGGCGAAAUCAAGAAAGGUCUCCAAUCCUUGUGGAUGACUAGACUGUGCAGUCCCUGGGAUUACAGUCAGCGUGACGAAUACCCCGCGGACGGGUUCGCCCAGUUUCUUCACCCGUCCGUUGCAAUCGACAGCAAAGAAAUGGACGACAUGCUGGUGCAGUGCAACAAGAACAGUGUUUACGUACUAAACUCCAGCUAUCGAUACCGGGACUUCGACAUGAUAGAAUUAUUCGGCUCGCCAGCUGGCAGAGCAUUAACGGUGAAUAAUAGAACAGCUGCCGAAAUGCACUCGUGUAGUAAAUCGAACAGCAGCUCCAACAUUGCCAGCAUUUCCAGCAACUCUGCCAGCACCACCCAGAACCACUCUGCCCUCUGCCAGCAGCCCUUGUACCAUCCGCUGCAAAACUGCGGCUUCAGUGGAACCUGUAGCACCAUCAGUGCCGCCGCCGCCAACCAUUCGAGCCACCACUCAACAGCCUCCUCAACUGCCAACUGCAACAAAUUUGUCGAUGCGAACGACCUAAUCAGGUACAGAGCUAGCCACCCCCACCCGCACACGACCCACCUGCCGACAGCGACGCCAACGACCAACCAUGGCGGCAGCAGCAGUUCGAGGACCAACUCCAAGAUGGCCAAAAUUUGGAAGCUCUUCGACGAGGACCGAAUACAGAACAAAGGCUCGACGACCAACGCCACCACGACCAGCAGUAACGGCGGGAGCGAGUUCUUCAGCCGGUGUCAGAGCAGGAGGAAAUCCAACCCCAGCGAGGAGAAAUCUACCAAAGAUCUGUACAACGAGGCGGCUCAGUUGCUCGGAAUCAGGUGUACGCUCAGUGACAGCUGUCGGUGCAUCGACUGUCAGAGCCAAUACUUUGACUGCGAUGAUUUCGACUCGUACUCGGAGUACUCGGACCGGUCGUACGAUCCGGAGGACAAUUUCGUCGUAAAUCAAUCGUACUUCACGUCCAAUGACACCAGUCGUCACCCAGAUCUGUCCGAAGUCGUCUGUCAACAGCACCAGCUCCACCACCACCACCAGAUCAAUCCCAGCGAAAUCACCGCCAUCAACGGCCAAAAAGACGACUUUGAUGGCGCCGAAAAUGAGGACGACAAUGGUAACAAUAAAGAUGAUCAAUAUUCACGCCACGGAGGGAUCUCUGGCCAGGUUCACGAAACGGAGACGGACGGAGGACGAGUGCGCCGGCGGAAGUGUAAUGAGACCGAAAUUGGUCCCGAGCAGCAAAAUGAUUCGGCGUCGAUUUCCGCUGGUCGAGAUUAUGCCGUUGCGAACGGAAUUAACGAACUGGAAGUGAACAGCAAUUUGGAAGCAUGAGAAAGACAAACCAACAACACUGGCAACACUUUUCCCAGCAAUAUCUCCCAGGACGAUAUGUUGGCCAUCAUCAACGGCCACGGGAGACCAUCCUUUCAGCACCCAGCCAGCUGCUAACGGAGCCGAGCUGGUGACCUUUCCCACGGUGGUCCUCGGCAUUGAGCGACGUCGAUCAAACACACAGGCUCAGCGGACGGAUCGAACCAGACUAAGAAGAUAAGUUUUUCUUACUUGUCCCCCCGUUGGGCAACCCUCGUCACGGGUGUGCGGUGUUGAUGUGUCCUUGCGCGUAUUUUCCCACAAUUGUAGACUAGGUUCGAAGGAAGCAAAAGAAGAAAAGAAAAAAAGCGCGUGAUAAGCAGCAAAGUCACGUUCUACGAUCUGAUCCAUUAGUUUUAAGUGGAUUACUUGCGCUACGCUUCAAAUUCAUAGCCUUGCGGGGUAGACGCGUAUAUUGUACUCAGUGAUGGCAAUUCUCUAGGAAAUCGCAAAACUCGUUGUAAUUCUUUUCAAACUUUAUUGAAACUUCGUCCAUUCGUUCUUUUGAGCAAAUGAUACCGGUUUGCACAACAAAUUGCCUGGUGAAAUCCAUUACAGUUUAUUAAAUCGAUUAGGAAUGCUUUAAAAAUGAUUUUCUAGGCAUGGUCAUAGUUUGAUCAACUCAAAAAUCAAGCAAAAAAUGCGAUUUUCUUAAGAACUGCUUGUGGGGAAAUGUUGUUUUUGGGAGCAAAGAACAAAAAAAACACCUCUCCCAAGAUGAAUUGUUCGAACCACCCACCCACCACAAAAGAAGUGUGGGUGUGGGUGGUGGUGAUGGCGCGAGGAUGUCUGGCGCGAACUAGGCUAGAGCCUGCCAAGCGCAGCAGAUAAAUCAAUUCUGUGACAACCCUGGCAAGAGCAAACAACUCGCCCAACGAAGAAGACCCUGGCCUUGGCUCCAUGGGUGUGUGUGUUUGUGGAAUGGAAGUUUAAUAGAUCGUGCGUACGUAAUGUUGAGAGACGACGACGACGACGCCGACAAGAUGGAACGAGUUGGUACGUGUCCUUUCCCAUUGACUGCAGGAAAAUAGCUUUUCAUGCUCGAUUUUUCUUUUCUUUUGUUUGCGUACUAUCUGGGGAGCAGGAGCAGCAAGUUUUCUCAGUAAAUCUUCAUCGGAAAGAUCAUUAAUGUUUGAUAUUGUUGAUACUUGGUUUAUUAUCUUACGACUGGUGAUAUGAUUCAGGAUAGUGUAAAUCCCUGAGCAAGGCCAUCGGGACUCGUAUACAACAGCGCACACACACACACACACACACCUUGCCAAGAUCUGGGAAAUACUUUUAAUUUUCAAUUUCACAUUGGAACUCUAAGUGUGUUCGUAUGGAUUGUUGUGCAACUUCAGAAACAAAAAAAAACAACAUUUCUUUUCACAACUUUGCUGCACAACUUGCACUUCGUUCUCCAGCAGGCAAAGGCAAAAACAGGAACUUUCAAAUGGAAAUCUGCACGUUAGCUUCCGGUAGCCGGUAGCACGAAACAUAGUUUGCAGUAGUUUUCCACCCCGCGCUUCCCUUUUCUGGCGCGUGAAAAUGAGAAAAGAGCGCCAAUGGAAAGCCCGGGAAAGAGGACGAAAACUUGUUCUUAUGAGCUGCUGCGCGCAAAACUUGUAAAAUAUGCGAACAUUAAACGUUUUAAUAUCACAAUUUGAAUGUGACGGUAUCGAGUAAGAAGAGCAACAAAAUUAAAAGAGAUUAAACUUAACUAUUAGCGCUAGAAGCCGUAAAAACGUAAAAUGUUAUUCAAACCUAACGUUUGCAAUGGACUCUUAAAGAUUGAAGACGUAUUAUGAAAAUAAACUUAGAUGUAAGAUAAUGAUGAAGAUAUUUUCUAUUAAUUCUAAAACCCUGUUAAAAGUUUAGUAAAUUAAUUCAAUGCCAAAUGCCAAAAACGAUAUAUGACGAUAAAAGAAAAGAAAACACUUUGUGCCCUCGUAUCCCAAGAUCAAACUAUAUAUAAAUUAUUGCCACGAUGUUGAUGUAUCAGAAUGUAAACUGUUUAGAAUAUAUUUCGAAUAGUGCUACCUUAGUAAGAUCCAAUCCUUGAAAAUGGAGAAAGAAGCUCGUUAUUAUCAUCGCUAAAUAAAAGUUACAGUGACUCUUCA